UUACUGAACUAGAUGAACUCGCUGCAGCACCCUCGUGUGGGUUUCCUCUGGUGGCGCAGUGCGCAUGCGUGGUCCCAGCUGCAGCUUCCACAGUGGUCGCCAGUGAGCUGCUAGGUAGGUAGUGUCUGACUCUGAACCUGCUGCAGCUCGAAGUGUUUCCUUGCUCCUGAUGCACGCGCAGGGAUAGUGACCUCAACUGCAGCUACAAACCAUGACUUACCAACGUGAUGUAUUAGAGCCGAGUCCAGUUUGUCAGUGAAAUCAAGAGGCAGCGAUCGUGAUGUACUAUUUACGGAGGAAAGCUGCAUUCUCCAGGUUUAGGUUAAGGCCUACUUGUUAGAUCCCCAUCCUCGUCUCAACAGAGUCGCAUCGUGAUGGCUGAUGACCAGCAGCAGUCUGGUCCUGGAGUAGGACCUUUACCUUCCGCGGUUCAAGGAUUGCAAGGGCCUGAGGCGAAUGCGUUGCAGCUAAAAAUAAAGAACUCAAUCUGCAAAACUGUACAAUCAAAGGUGGAUUGCAUUCUGCAAGAUGUGGAGAAGCUUACAGACAUUGAAAAACUCUACCUCUAUCUCAAGUUGCCUUCUGGACCCAGCAGUGGCAUUGAGAAAAAUGAGCAAAGCUCCAUGUCAUCAAGUCGUACCCAGCAGAUGCACGCAUUUAGCUGGAUUCGGAACCAUCUUGAGGAGCAUCCUGAAACAUCACUGCCUAAACAAGAAGUCUACGAUGAGUACAAGAGUUACUGUGAUAGCCUGGGGUAUCACGCUCUCAGUGCUGCAGACUUUGGAAAGAUCAUGAAGAACGUCUUUCCUAACAUGAAAGCACGUCGACUUGGCAUGCGAGGCAAAUCCAAAUAUUGCUAUAGUGGACUUAGGAAGAAGGCUUUUGUACACAUGCCAUCUCUUCCCAACCUAGAUCUUCACAAAUCAGGUGAUGGGUGUGAAGUGUUUGAGCCUACUGGUCAACUGUCCAGUGCAGAAGAUGAGGUGCGCAUUGCCGCUUGUGGGUUGGUGUGUGAGUGGGCACAGAAAGUGCUGAGUCGGCAGUUUGACAGUGUUGAAGACCUGGCUCGGUUUCUUUUGAAUAGCCACUACAUUGGAACUAAGUCUGUGGCUGCUCUUACUGUGAUGACCGGUUCCCCCUCAGGAGCAAAGAUGUCCAUUCAGUCAUCUGCAUUUGCUCCCACAGCCGAUGAACACUCAUUCCAGCCUCAGGUUAAAACCCUGGUCUCAUCCUCCAUAGAUGCCAAACAGCAGCUACAAAGGAAGAUACAGAAGAAGCAGCAGGAACAGAAACUGCAUUCUCCACUUCCUGGUGAAGCUCAGGCCAGGAGGGCAGAUGGGGGCAUAACUCCCGGGGCAGGGACAGGCAUACCUUGUGGAAGUCCUGCUCUUCUUUCACCACAACCUAUUGGGAUUGUGGUUGCAGCUGUUUCCAGCCCCAUCACGGUUCAGAGGAGUAAGCAGUUGAUGUCUCCUAGCCCUCUUCCCAUGGCAGCUGCAGACAGCAAAGUUCUUCCUGUAAACUUUCAAGUGGUUACCCAGUCAGUACAGCCAGUUAAGCAGUGCCCAAAGACACCAAACAUCCCAGCUAGUCCGGUAAGCGAUCGAUCAGCCCGGCACCGGUAUGCCCAAAUCCUGCCUAAACCAUCUGCCUCAAGUGGCAUAACCUUGCGCUCGCCAACCCUGCUUAUCACCAACAGCCCCAUAAAGACGGUAAUGUCUACUCCACAUGUUGGUUCGGUCAAUGUUGUCAAGAUGACAACAAUAUCUCUGGGCUCUAAUGGCAGUGGUACCAGCACACCAGCAGAUACCUCUACCAGCAAUAAAGUCAGACCUGCAUCUGCUGGAGUUGCCAGCCUCAGUGAUGAUCUACAGCCAGUUACGCGUGUUCGCAGUGGAUCUAUAGCUGCAAUGCCAUCUGUUUUGGCAAGAUCAGGACGCUCAACCACAACGCCUGUCAUCGACACUAAAACAAAUAUCGAAGCCAUAAUUGGAAGUGGUCAAGAGCAGGGUGGUACUAGUAGGCUGGCAAACACUCCAGAUGCCGUUGGUGGUGUACAGCGGUCAGGAAUUCUCAAACCCAGAGCGGCUAGCGUACCCACUCUUGACAAGGGCUCUCUGGGAUUGGACAUAGGGACCAAAUGCAAUGGGAGGACACUCCUUAGUGCCAAUACUCUGGCUGCUGGCAGCAAUAAUAUGUCAAACACUAAUGAAAGCACUUUGUACCAGAACACAAGCAGCACUCAGUCAGUCAGCAGUAAUGCGGUUGUGACGUCAUCCAAAGAUGUAGUGUUGGCAUCCAAGAGCCCUCACAAGAGACCUGGCUUAUGCACUGAUUUGAGCCCAACACCUGUUAAAAAAGCCCACAUCUCUGUGCAACCAGCUGGUGGAUCCGAUGGACAGAAGUCCGAAAUAAUGAUCAAGCAAUUUCCAAGAUCAUGUACUCCAAUCAGGCCAGAAAGUGCACCUCUUACAGCCAUAGGCAAAGCUACUGCAGCUUCUGUCAGGAAUACUGGCUUCCAGACAAUUCGCAGGCCACAAUGCGUCUCCCAGGGAAGAUGGGAAGGUGCUUCAUCAGUAAGGGAUUAUAGAGUUCCCAUCACCUCUAUAUCAAGUCAGGAUAUGUCAGUAGGGAAUACCAUGUUUCAGACUGUUAGCAGGCCUCGAAGCAUCUCCCAAGGGAGAUGGGAAGGAUCUUCAACAGGAAUUGAAGGUAGAACUGAGGUCACCCGUACUGUCAGUGCUCCAGGUCAAGCUUUGCUACAACAAGUAACAAAAAACUCACAGGAUUUGCUUAUAGAGCAAUCUGACGACUCUGCAGUAUGUGAACUGAAGAGUGUGUUUUGGGAUAGUGAGCCACAAGAUGGCACUCAACAACAUCAAGAUGUUUAUGGUCCACAAAUGAUGUCUGAGCCAAAGCAAAUGUCCACCCCAGUGAUGGAGCAUCUUCCAGCAAUUGCUCAACCCUCUCCUGCCAACCAACAGGCGCAGAUGAGUGACUAUGGAACCCAGGCCAACGUUGGCUACUACCCCUUUAAUGAUGACGAAAUGACCCAGGAUAGCAUUGUUGAGGAACUUGUUCAAAUGGAAGAGCAGAUGAAAAUUAACAAUAGCAUACAAAAUUUUAGCAACUGUGUGGAUAUUUCCAUGCAAGGCCAGCAUCAAACCAUGCAGACUACCAUAAUGUCUACCCUUCAGACUAACACCCUGUACUACUGCUCUGCUCAUAGCAGCAGCACCCCAAUCCAAACACCCACUCUUACACCUACUCCCACUUCCGAGAUGAUGGGAAACGGCCAGGGAUUGAUGCACGAAAGCCCCUGUUUGCGCCUAGUCCCCACCACUCCGGUCGACAGUGCUCUUGGAAGUAGUCGACAAACUCCUAUUGGCACACCACACUCCAACUGCAGCAGUAGUGUCCCACCCAGCCCAGUGGAAUGCAGGAACCCUUUUGCAUUUACUCCGAUUAACUCCAGCAUCACUGGAUACCAUGACGGAAGUACUGUCUCCUCGAGCCCUGUCAAGCCCAUGCAAAGACCAAUGGCAACACAUCCAGAUAAAACUAAACUGGAGUGGAUGAACAGUGGGUACAGUAACAGUGGUGGGAACUCUAACAAUGGCAUUAGCAUUCUGCCCAACUACCAAGACCUGGUAGAUGACCACUUUCGAAAGCCUCACGCCUUUGCCAUCCCAGGCCAGACCUGUCAGUUGCAAAGCAGACAUCAUGACAUGCAUAUCAGCCGCUUGACACCCAUUUCACCUGUCCAGCAGCAAGUGGCAAGCAUGGCUAGCCUCAACAAGACAGAGGGUUUUGCUGUCCCAGCACCCCUUGACAACAAAGCAAGCACCUCCUCCUCAGGGUCUGGAACAUUUCGUUGCCGCAGCGUUAGCCCGGCAGUCAGGCAGCGCAACUUGAGUGGGACUCAAGCUCCCAAUGUUCCUCACUCUGUGGUCUCUCCUUUCAACUCACCUGUAACACCUGAAGUGCUAAACAUCUUUUCUAACAGUGACCCUGAUGCAAGUGUCAGCAGCAUGGCACAGAGGAGUCAGUCUGUUCCAGUCACCGUGAUGAUGCAAUCUGAAGUUCAACCCAUGCAGUCAGGCCAGCAGAUUAAUACCAAAAACAUCACCAAUGUCCUCAUCAGCAAAAUGGAUGGCGAUGGAGAUGACUCGGUACGUGGCCUCGGAAUCAAUAACAUGCCGUCCAACUACACUGCCCGCAUGAAUCUCACCCAGAUUCUGGAGACCACCACAGUGCCCAGCUUCCCUGGUAGUGCCAGCCACCAAGCUCUGAUCUCACCUUGUUCAUCAGCCUUUGAGUCCCAGAAGCCUGGUUACCUCAUGAAAAAUGCCAGGGAGGAGCCGAUGAGUUUCUCUGUAGACGAAAGCCAAGCACAAUCAGCCUCAGGGGAGCACCAGCCGCUACAACAGCAACAGUGCUUAGGCAGACGGCAGCUCCUUGGGCAGGAACAGCAGAGUCAGGCCAUGCUGUUACCUCUACAGCAAAACCUCCAACAACAUCAGCACCAGCAACCAUUGGAUUUAGACAGAACUGUUAAAGAUCUUUUAAAUGAGGAAAGCUUGAAUGCUGGCUCACAGCUUGUGGGUCAAGGAUCAGAGCUUAGUGCUGGGGGUUCAGAGUUUACCAGCGAUAUGCGACUAACCUCUGAGCUCACUGGUGGCAUAAAUGACUUAAAUACAUUGGACACCAACCUUCUUUUUGACCCUAGUCAACAGCAAGGACAAUAUGAAGAUUCAACACUGGAAGAACUGAAGAAUGACCCACUUUUUCAACAGAUUUGCAGCGAGACUGUGAAUUCUGCUGGCUUUGACUGGUUGGAGAGCAAAGACCAGGCAACAGUGGAAAUGUUGGGUUAAUUUGUGCUUUUGUGUUGUUUUUAUAUUUGUAUAGGUUUCUAUGUAUGUAUUUUUGAAAUCUCAUCAAUGUACGUAUUCACCUCAUUGUUGUGCACCACCUACUACAGUAAGCCCCUGGACGUCACGACACAGGUCCAUAUUGAAGUGCCAGGCUGAACAGAAAUUAUUGCAUUUUCAAAAUUGCUGGGUUUUUGUCUCGAUGGUUAGUGCAACACAGUGCAAAACCACGGAGAGCUGUCACAUUUUGCCGCCUCUUACCACCAGUUUUGUAAAGAAAACCCACAUCAGAGCUUUACAUAAGAGAGCAUCAGAGAGCUUUUUUUAUGCCUCCACUGUUUCAUGCAUUAAUUUACGCAACUUUUAUAUAAUCCUUUGAACGUUUUUGCAGUCAAAGGGCAUUGAAUGGAAAAUUGGAAAUUAAGAAUUUCUUUUUAAACCCUUUAUCUUAAAGAAAGAUAUUUUGUAUUUUGAGGUUACACCAGCUGUAUGGCAAACUAUACCCAUUUAAUUAGCUUUUUUCCACUCUGUAAAGAAAAUCGGUGCUUACAUGUACAGUAAACCAUAAUAAGUGACAACUUUGAACAUAUUACUGUAACAUCUAUAUUGUCCUUCAGUAAACAAAGAAUAAGGGGAAAUCACAUCAGCUGACGCUUAAUAUUGAAAUACAGCGAUUUGCACCUGCAGCAGCUUUUCAGAAAGUCAUUUAUUGGCUCACAUUACAAAUUCUAUUUGUGUGCAAUAAGUAAGAUACUGGUAAGUUAUAUUUUCAGCUUCUUUCUUAUUGCCACUGUCAAUUGGGAUGUAUGCAGCUACUUGCAAAAAAAUGUUUUGUUACGUUAGAUGGCUGAUGAAUAAUGUUCAAAGUGAAAAAAUGAGUGCACUUUUGCUAUUUAAAGUUAUAUAUGCUAAUAUAGGUUCCCCCAGUCUCUAGAGAUCAUUCAGAUUUUAUCCCACAGAACAGGCUGGGAUUUUUUUAUGCACAAUCAUUGAAUAAUAAUGGCACUGGUUAUUGUACUAGCUGGCACCUUUAAAUUGCAUUUGCAAUAUGAACAUGGCUGAGAAAAGGCCUCAUUUUAAAUGGAAGGGGGGUAGCUUAGUUACUGGUGAUACCAAAAUGCCAAAAUGGAUUAUAGUUGUGGGGGGGGGAAAGUUGUCAAAACUAUUCCAGAUGUUUGUUUUAGUGUCAACUAUGCAUUUAUGAGGCCAAGAAAGAGAUGAUAAGCCACAUUUUGACUUUAUAUGAAUUUUCCCCCAAUUGAUGCUUGUCAUUUAGCAGUUUGCAUAAAUGAUAUUCAUUGACGUAUAUGUGUGCUCUCAUGCACAUGCCUCCUUUUGGCAUUUUCAAUGACUGUUUUCUACUUGAGCACUUCAUUCAGGAACUUCUUUAUAACAUGCACUAUUAAAGAGCCUGUACCCCUUAAUCAAAAUUUUGUACCAGCUGUAAAAACAUCAGGAAACUGAAAUUACCCAGAUCACAUUACUAAUAAAUGAACUCUGUGCUAAUUUCAAAGCUGGAAUGAAGACAUUUAAUUCAAAUGGCCAUUACUGAACCAUGCUGUACUUGAUUAGUAGACUGCUUUCAGAAUAUCAGAGCAUACACUUUGUUGCUGAGUGUGGUAGUUAUUGAAGUCCAUCUUAGCCUUACUUCCAUACCAAAGAUGAGUUACUGAGAAAUGUUGAAGGAAUUCUACCUUUUUAGUAUCUCCACUUUCAAAUUUAAUUCUAACCCAAGCUUUUAAGGUGCAUGUUUUAAAAUGAAUUUGUGGAAAUGUCACCCAGGUUGAAAUGGGGCCAAUAUUGUGGGGUUGAAAAGGGAAUUUGUUUUGUGAAUACAUAGUGUAAUUUGCAUAAGACCACUGUAGCACUUGAAUUUUAUUUACAGAACAUGUCAUACUUCAUACUUUUGGUAUUUGUAGCAGGAUGAUUCUUAUGGGAUGAAGAAAGUGGACUAGUCAACUUCUGUUUGUCACGCUUUGUAAAUAAGCUCCAUUUAUAAAAGGAAAAAAAUGACACUGUAUUACCAGUUCGACUAACAUUCAUAUUGACAAUAUGACCAUGAUAAUAGUGAUCAGUGGUCCUUGACAGUUUUUUUUUUUUUUUAAUUGUUACAAUUAAUAGUUUACACAACUAGACAUCUCUUGUAUAGUUAUAGCUUGUGUGAGUUUUCAUUUUCAAGCAUUGUUUUCUCUUUAUUAUUAAUUGGCUUCCAGUUUUUUUUUUUUUAAUAGCAUUUCGAUUUUUUUUUUUUGCAGAAGAGUGUGCUUUCGUGUGGGAAUAUAGCAUGGAUUUUAAAAUAUGUAUUGUGGUUUUAUAUUACAAGAUUGCAUAUCUUUUUUUCUUUUUUUAUAUAUAAACAGGGAUCUAGCAGUUAUCACUGGAAAUGUAACUACUGAAAAUUCACAAAGUUCUAGUGGUUCCUUUUAUUGCACUAAUUUCUUCAAUGAACUUUGACUUUGAGAAUUUCAGUGCAAUACAUAAUGCCUCAGUAUACUGUUUUGAAGAACUACUGUUUGAGAAAAAAAAAUUCAAGUAAAAAAAGAGUCAGUUUGUGUUCUUAUGUUCAGGAGCCCUUUGAGGAUCUUGGUGCGAAGUACUUACAUGUAAAUGAGUAAAAGCGAUUAAAAUGUUUAAUUAAAUUGAACAUUUUAAUAAUCGAACUUUCAAUACAUUAUCAAAAUCAUAAAUAUGCAUUUGUUCAGAAUCACUGUACAUAAAUGUCAUGGCUCUUAUGGUAUUUCUGUUCAACAGAAGGAAAUUCAUCCGUUUCAUUGUUUUGAAAUAACUCAGACAAUGAACGGUGCUCGUUUUUUUUAUUUUAUUUUUUUUAUUUAUUUAUUUUAAAAUGUCUUCAUGUACGAUUUGUUUUCUAUGUGAACAUUUGUGUUUUGAACAAGCACUACUAUUUCUAUUUUAAUGAAGAGGCAGGCCAGAAUUGUGACUGUAUUAUUCACUGACCUGGUAAAAUUUACCCUUCCCCAUGUCUUUCUUUCCUAACUUUGCUAUUCCCUCAUGUUUUUAUUGUUUAUGUACAGACUCUGUAUGGUAGUUUGAUAAAUUUAUGACAUUUCUGCAAGAUUUUCUUCAUUCUUUUUGUAUUAAAUUGCUUACUGAUGUUGAGAUUUUUUAAAAAUGGUUUUAAAAACCAAUAAACAUUUUGUAAAGUAUUGCAAAUA